GAUGAGAAUGUGAGCAGUUGCUUGUCUUAUCUUUUAAUACUUACCUUUACCUUACCUUUUAAUCUUUUUUACCAAUUUUUCUUUUGUUCAUCCAAAUGAACUUUUGUAAAUUAUGUAUGCUUGUUUUAAAUGCACAUUUUUAUCCUGUGUUUUUAUGCUCUUGUAAAGUGUCUUUGAGUGAGAUGAAAAGCGCUUUCAAAUAAAAUGUAUUAUUAUUAUUAUUAUUAUCUAUAUGUGUCCUGCGAUUGGCUGGUGACCAGUCCAGGGUGCAUAUCCAAAGCCGGGAUAAGAUUCGGCCCACUCGCAGCCCCACAACAAGCCAAGAAAAUGGACGGCCGACUUGCGCUAAGUGAGCCAAAGGCUGUGACGUUAAAGCUAACAUCCAUGCGGGGCAUGUGGCUCCAUCGUGUGAAGGCGUUCCGCCAUGUUUGAUCCGCUUGUUUGGAGCGCAUUGCCAGGAAACGGGAAGGAAGAGUCACUGUGGCUGGAAGUGCAACACGAGCGGAACAGAAGGUUACUCACGCUUUUUCCUGAAAGUGGGGCCCACAUCUUAGUCGGGUGGGGUUUCGUCUUCGUGAAGAGGAGCCCGGGGACGUCUUGAAGGAGGAUGGGUGAAUCUCCACUGGUGGGCCAACAAACAAAAGACGAAACUCAGGAAGGCAAGUGCUCUCCUUACACUUUCUACAAUGUAAUGUUCAUGAAACGUGGCGAAUACUCUUCACGCGUGCAACUUCCAACGUCCUCUGUCAACCAAUCUAAGCGGCGCGCGAGCGUGAGGUUAAUAUGCAAACGCCAAGCAGGAGUUGUGCCUAAUCAGGUGACUAGAAAUUGUUUUUGAUGUAUGCCAGGGAGUGCAACAUUUCAACUUAGAGCAGAAGACCCUCCCGUGACCAUGUUAACAGAUCUCAUCGACACGCAGCCUCAGAGAGGGUCAGCCUUGCCACAAGCGAGUUCUGCAGUGCGCGACAGCACUCCACGUGUUACCCGCGCAGCCAACCGCCCGCAAUGUGACCCGGCGGUCCCGAACGACAGCGUUGGAUCGCGCAGCUCGGGUAUAGCGCGCGACUCUCGCAGUGCGGCGGACUCAAAACCACCUGCUGCUACACCUGCAGACUCGUGCGCUCACCUGCUGCUGGCCUGCCUCUCCUGCCAAUGCUCCGUGCUGCUGCUGGCCCUGCUGGAGACCUGCGCGUCGGGCACGCUCAGACUCUGCGCUUGCUGCUGCGGCGCCUGCGCCCGCUCCUGCGGCACGCUGCCCCGGGCGCCCGUGGAGGAGCUCGCCUGCCACGCCCAUUGCCACUCGGUCCUCUUCCAGUCCUGUGGAGAGUCGACAGAGUGUCUGGAGUUUUGCAUUGAGUGCUGUCGGAUUUGCCACCGCAACUAGGAGACGACAGGGACUGAGAAAGAACUGUGGG